ACUGUGACGCAGCUACCAGUUGCAUUCGUCACAGGUUGGGUGUGGACCGCGGGCUGAGGACUGACAACAGCGUGCCAUUAAAAUCUGACAAGAUGGUGGAAGGCGGCAUGAAAUGUGUCAAAUAUUUGAUAUUCUUUUUCAACUUCAUCUUUGUGAUAUCUGGCAUCGCUCUCGUCGCCAUGGGGGCCGUCAUCAAGGGCUACUACGACAAGUACCUUGACUUCCUGAGCGACGACGUCUUCAGCGUGCCCGUCCUGCUGAUCGUCGUCGGUGUCAUCAUCUUCUUCGUGGCCUUCAUGGGCUGCUGCGGGGCCAUCCGAGAGAGCUACUGCAUGACGAUGACGUUCGCCGUCCUGCUGGCGCUUAUCUUCAUCCUGGAGCUGGCGGCCGGCAUCGCCGCCUACCUGCUUCGCGACGAGAUCGCCGACACGCUCAACAAGAACAUGAACGCCACCAUGCAGAACUAUGGCAAGCCUGAUCACAGCGGCGUCACCAAGACCUGGGACGGCAUGCAGAUGGAGCUGGACUGCUGCGGCGCGUCCAACUACACGGACUGGGCGCUCACCGACUUCGGCCGGGCCAACAACUCUGUGCCGGACACGUGCUGCCGCGAGGCCACCUCCAACUGCGGCGUCGGCAUGGCGGCGCUGCCCGCCUCCGUGGCCGCCAACACCAUCUACACCCGCGGCUGUCGCGACUCGGUCGAGGAGCAGAUCCAGUCCAACAUCGUGGCUGUUGGUGGCGCCGGCGUCGGCAUCGCCUUUCUCCAGGUGCUGGGCGUGAUCCUGGCCUGCUGCCUCAGCAAGAGCAUCAAGAAAGAGUACGAGACGGUGUAGCGGCUCGGCUUGCCGCCGCUCGCCCGGCGCCUCCCGCCUCGGGCCCUCGGGAGACGUUUAUUUUUUUAGCCGCCUUUCUUGUGCCGUGCGCGCUUCUUGGUCGCUGGUCCGGAUGGCAGCGCGGCGUGGUUCCGCCGCCGCUGCGCCGGCUCCAGUGGCUUGCGAGAUCUAAACCAGGAACAGUUGUUACUUGUAUCCCCACGGUCUGUUUGACGACGCUCUUUCUCGGAUAGAUCUGAACGGUAGCCUAGAUUGUCCGGCCGUCCGGCCGCCUCCCUCGAGACGGGAGGAGGCCGGCGCCGUGUCUUGUUAACGUCCGCCCACUGCGUCUGGUGGAGACGGAACUCUUUAAACCAAGGGUCAGUUCGCCGCCAAGGCCCUCGCACAACAGUCAUGCUUCCUGCCGCUUCCUGUGCGCUUCGCCUCUGGACGCCUCCUUUUCGGGGUGUGACGUCAGGCGCUAGUGUUCACGUGUCUGAGGCCCCGUCGCGCGGGGCGGACCGCCUGGGCGCCGAACCAGACUCCCCUGCGUUCUCGAACGUGCGGGGAUGGCCCGAGCGGCCGCCGCCGCCGCCGGUGUGUGUCGCGCGACCAGUCCGGCGGGCGGGCUGCCGCUGGGCCGGCUGGCUGUGCCGCGCUCUCUCCUCGCCUCGGCUCUGCUCGGUCCACGUUGUGCUCAGCCCGGCGCGCUGUCGGCGGCCGAGGCGCUGCUCGCGCACUGCAUCGCUGACGUCUCUCGGGCGCACGGGCUGGGCUCGGGGCCUCCGCACGGCCUCCGCGCGGCCGGCGGGGCGGCUGACGUUGUCGUCGUAGUUAACAGCGCGGCCCACCCACCCCGCCGACCGCGCGAGCCGGCCAGCUGUUUAUUGGAUGUCGAGCGGUCUUUGUGUGCGGUGCCAUAGUCGACACGCCCUAAUAAAAUAACAGUCUGAA